AUGGUUGAUGCAACCACAGGUCAUGAAGCCUUAUCUUUCAUGGAUGGUUCAUCUGGAUACAAUCAAAUAAGAAUGUCGCCAGAGGACAAAGAACUCACCGCCUUCCAUACUCCAAAAGGAAUUUACUGUUACAAGGUGAUGCCAUUUGGCCUCAAGAAUGCAGGUGCGACCUAUCAACGUGCAAUGCAAAAGAUUUUUGGUGACAUGCUUCACAAGAAUGUCGAGUGCUACGUUGAUGACCUAGUGAUCAAGUAA